AGCGGCAGCUCAAGCCGUUCGCAGCUGGGCAGCCUAACCGACCUCGGUCGGCUCGUGGGAGCAUGCGAACUCUCACCUGGACCGCCGUCGUCGUUUUAGCAGCUGCAAACUGGGAAGAGGAGUGCCAAAGUGAAGAAGUGGACGUGUGGCCUGAGGGCUUUGUCGUCCAGAUUUCUCCCAAAGAUGGUGUGGCCUUGGACUCGGCGUGGCUUCGGAACUGGACCCAGGAGAAGAAAGAGUGUCUCAAGAGUGCCUUCUUCGAGCACGGGGUGCUGCUCUUCCGGGGCUUUGCAAUACCCGACGCCAGAGCUUUUGAGGAGGUCGCCUUAGCCUUCGUACCGAAUUUGGAGAAGGCCUAUUUGGGCACCUCUCCUCGGAGCCAGAUCAACGGCACGAGCUACGUCUUCACCGCGGCGGACUUCCAGCCGCACCGCACCGUGCCCGUGCACAUCGAAAUGUCCUUCCGGGAUUCCCCACCGGCCACGCAGCUGUUCUACGCCCAGCGCGUGGAUCAAUGGCGUGGUGGGGAGACCCCCUUGACGGACUUCCACCAGGUCUGGGAGCAACUGAGAAACGACCGGCGCGUUGGGCCCCACUUCGAACAGCAGAAGGUGAAGUACCGUCGCAAUAUGGACGACUGUAGCUCCACGUCGCAGUUCGACCCACUGGUUCAGAAAUGCUGGCAGAUGAUGUUCAAGGAUGAGAAAGACGCUAAAGAAAAUUGCUUAGAGGAAGGCUUCCACUGCAGCUGGGACACCUCGACAAACCGUUUAACUUUGCUCAAUGAGCAGCCCUUUGUGCGGCCACAUCCCAUCACUGGUCAACCAAUUUGGUAUAAUCACAUCAACGUGCUACAUGGGCAGAUGAUGCCAGGAGAUUACGCACGAACCGCACGGCUUUGGGAUGGGCCUUGGUCACUGUGGCCUACGGCGCUGUCGCUCUACUAUCGACUUCUCUUCAACAUCUAUGGACUCUUCGUGCCUGAGGCCGAGAUGGGCUCCACGGCCACGAAGGGCUCUGGCGAGGCCUUCACCACGGAGGAGCUCCAGGCCAUGAAGAAUGCCAUCCAUGCGCACACGGUGAACCACAAAUACCAGGCCAACGACAUUGUGAUGGUGGACAAUCAUCGUGUUGGCCAUGGCCGGGAGAUCUACCUUGGUCCAAAAGAGUCCCGGGUGAUCUACACUGCUUGGUCCAAUCACUAUCCUCCAUCCUGGCAGAACACUUGCGCGGCUGGUGCAGCCUGCCACGGGUGACGGAAAAAAAAGGAAGUUGGGACCAGCACAGAGCUAGGUGGUUUUAAGGUCAGCUGUGAUCAGGGUGGCCCCGACAGAGAGAGA